AUGCUCAGCGGCGGCUGGCGGGACAGAAUCGGCUGCACCUCUCUCGCCCGCGGCAUCGGAUUUGUCUCGUCUUCCCUCGCCGGCGAUGGGGUCGCCCUCCGACCAGAUCACCGGCGGCGACCAAACGGAGAGAGAGCGGCGGUGGGAACGGCAAGGCGAUCUUACUGCCCAUUCAGGGAAGCGGAACGGGGAUCUUCGUUUAGGGUUGAAACGGAAGCACUUCCGCGGGGCGGCGGCGGCGGCGCCGUCGUCUCCGAGGAGCUCUGCCUGCGGUUGCUGUCGGAAUGCAACAGGUCGGGGGAGUUCAAACGGGGGGUCUCCAUCCACAGUCCCAUGACCAAGCUCGGUCUGCUGGAUAACCCUCUUCUCAACAACACUCUCCUUUCCGUCUACUGCAAAGUAUCUUGCGGGGAGAUGGAGGCUCGUAAGCUGUUCGACGAAUUGCGAUUGAGAGAUGUGGUCUCCUGGACGACCAUGAUGUCGGCCCAGGUGAAAGCUGGACGGGAGGAAGAAGCCCUCGAUCUCUUCCACGAUAUGGUCUCCACAGGAUCUGCCGUCCCCAAUGAGUUCACCCUUUCCUGCGUCCUGCGAUGCUGUUCGUCUCUCGGGAGGUCCCUUCCUGGACUCCGAACCCACGCCCAGAUUUUGAAACAGGGUUUUCAGUGCAAUCGAGUCCUGCUCAGCUCUCUGGUGGACUUCUACGGCAAGCUUGAGAUGGUCGAGGAGGCGCUGAAGGUCUUCGCGGAGGUGGGUGAGGGAGACGCGGUCUCGUGGACGAUAAUGAUUUCUGGUCUUCUGCAAGCUGGGGAGUGGGCUCGUGCUCUCCAGCUCUUCUCCUUCAUGGUGGUUCAGGGCAUCAACCCUAACGAGUUCACCUUCGCGAGGCUCUUAUCGGCGUCUGCUCAUCUGGGCCCGCGCUUCGGAGAGUCGCUGCAUUCCCGCCUCAUAUCAUCUGGCGUAGAGCUCAGUCUGGUUCUGAAGACGGCGCUGGUGGAUAUGUACUCGAAAUGGGGAAGAAUGGGAGAUGCCCUGAAGGUGUUCGAGCAAACUCCCGAAGCAGACGUGACCCUAUGGACAGCUCUGAUUUCUGGGUACGUCCAGGAUUCAGACAUUGAGAGGGCGGUCGGCAAGUUCUGCCAAAUGGAGGCCGCCGGGAUCCCUCCGGCUUCCUUCACCUACGCCGGCGUGCUCAGCGCCUGCUCGACCCUGCCAACGCCGGAGCUUGGGCUUCAGCUUCAUUCUCGAGUGAUCAAAGCGGGGCUGGAUCCUGAUGCUUCUGUUGGCAAUGCUCUCAUGGAUAUGUACACAAAGUGCUUCUCCAGCUUGAAAGAACCUGUGCUCCUGUUCUCGGCGAUAAAGCUUCCUAAUGUGGUCUCAUGGACGGUGUUAAUCACUGCUCUGGUUCUCUAUCAUCAGCUGGAGGAAGCUCUCUCGGCGUUGGUGGAGAUGCAGCUGGCGCAAGUUCAGCCAAAUUCCUUCACUCUUACCGCCGUCCUCAAGGGCUGCGAGCUCGCGAGAUCUCUGGUUCAGGUCCGGAAGCUCCACGCCUACAUUCUCAAGAUCCAGUGCAGAGGUCUCUAUGAUCUGAGCCUCUGGAACUCCCUGCUCGACGCUCACACCAGGCUGGGGGAGGCAGAGGACUCGUGGAAGAUCUUCAACGAGAUGCCCCGCAGAGAUGAGAUCACUUACACCAGUUUGGCGGCGGGGCUGAACAAGAUGGGCUUGCAUGAGGAAACCCUAGGGCUUCUCCCCCGGAUGCGGGAGGAGGAGCUGAAGAUGGACUGCUUCAGUCUCCCCUGCUUCCUGUCAGCCUCUGCCGGCAUGGCGGCGAUCGAAGCGGGGCGGCAGCUUCACUGCUACGCCGUCAGAUCGGGUCUGGACUCGCAGAUAUCGGUGGUCAACGGCCUCGUUGACCUGUAUGGAAAAUGUGGGGACGCCACGGAAGCCGGCGCCGUCUUCAGAUCGAUCCCGGAGCCGAAUAUAGUCUCCUGGAAUGGUCUGAUCUCGGCGUUGGCCUCCAAUGGCUGGUUCUCCGACGCCCUCUCCGCCUUCGAAAGCAUGAAGCUUUCCGGAAGUCAACCCGACGGCAUCACCUUCCUGCUCGUGCUCUACGCUUGCAGCCACAGCGGGCUGGCCGAUCUGGGCCUCGACUAUUUCAGCGCCAUGAGGGAGCUCCAUGGAAUUCCACCGGAGCUGGAUCACUACGUCUGUCUGGUCGAUCUCCUCGGCCGAGCUGGGCGGCUUGAAGAAGCGGCGGCGCUGAUACAGGAGAUGCCGUUCCAGCCAGAUGCUCUGAUCUACAAGACGCUCUUAGGUGCCUGCAAGCUCCGGCGGAGCUUGCUGCUCGGAGAGGCGGCAGCCAGGAGAGCUCUCGAGCUGAACCCGGAAGAUCCGGCCAUCUACGUGCUGCUCUCGAGGAUGUACGACGACGCAGGGAAGCCGGAGCUCGCCGAGGAGAUGCGGCGGGCGAUGAGGAACAGAGGAAUGAAGAAGGAGCUGGGGCAGAGCUGGGUUGAGAUCAGGAACAGGGUUUAUCGUUUUACGGCGAGAGAUGGCUCGAACCCGCAUAUGGAGAGAGUCCACCUGAUGGUUGAUGAUCUGGAGAGGAGGAUGGCGCCGCCGCCGCCGGCAGCCUCCGGCCGGCACAGCGAGAAGCUUGCCGUGGCCUUUGGGCUACUGAAUACCCCCUCUGGACCGCCCAUACGGGUGAUCAAGAAUCUGCGAAUCUGCGUUGACUGCCACGAGUUUAUGCAGCUGGCGAGCGCCGUGACGAGCAGGGAGAUCGUCGUGAGGGAUGGGAGUCGCUUCCAUUCCUUCAGAAAUGGCGUCUGCUCGUGCGGUGGAUUUUGGUAG